AUGGCUCUUAGGUCCAUCAUUCAUAAAGAGCUCCUGGAGGUCCUCGAUCGUGAUAUCCGGUCUAUCAGCCUAGCGUCGGACAUGAAAUUCUGCACUCGUCGCCGCCUGGUGACGCAUGAUUGUGUUGAACACUACGAACUGAAAGCGAGGAUGCUGCGAAACGUACUAACAGCGCCGACGGAGAAAGACAGGACGGGUAGGGGAAGCAGGGGAGGCAGGGCAGGGCAGGUCGCACGAGGGGCAUCUACCACCGAGAGUCGGCUCCAGCAGCCAGAGGAGAGUGAGGCUCAGCUUCAUAAGAUAGGACAGCGAGUUAGCAGCGGCAUGAGACGACUAGAUCAAAUGGCUCUUACCAGCAGGAACAAAGAAAGCGUCAAGUCAACGAAGUGCGUGAUUGGUGAAAUUGUAGACGUGAAGUGGUGA